UGCCUCUGCCCAGCUGCUCGGGUUUCUCCAGCACAGCAGACCAGCUUCCCACUGCUGCUCUCUCUCUCUUCCCCACUCGCUCGUGCUCUCUCGCUCAGAAGUUCCACAGACAGAAUGUCUUACCUCACAAAGAAAACAUCCUACACCGUCAAGUCUUCCUCCUCUGGGUCGGUUCCCCGGAGCUUCAGCAGCCAGUCCUACUCUGGACCCAGCAUCAGCCGACAGAGCUACACCGCACGCAGCUCCUAUGGAGGGGUCAACCGUGGCUUUGGAGGUGGACUGGGAGGUGGACUGGGAGGUGGCAGCUAUGUCACCAGCUCCACAGCCUACGGAGGCGGCAUGGGUCUGGGCAUGGGCGCCGGAAUGGGCAUGGGCGGCAAUGUCAUGCCCAUCACCGCCGUGUCAGUCAACAAGAGCCUCCUUGCCCCUCUGAACCUGGAGAUUGACCCCACCAUCCAGGCUGUCCGCACCCAGGAGAAAGAGCAGAUCAAGUCCCUCAACAACCGCUUCGCCUCCUUCAUUGACAAGGUACGCUUCUUGGAACAGCAGAACAAGAUGCUGGAGACCAAGUGGAGCCUCCUCCAGGGCCAGACCACCACUCGUUCCAACAUCGAUGCCAUGUUCGAGGCCUACAUCGCCAACCUGCGCAGACAGCUCGACAGCCUGGGCAAUGACAAGAUGAGGCUAGAGGCUGACCUGCACAACAUGCAGGGCCUGGUGGAGGACUUCAAGAAUAAGUAUGAAGAUGAGAUCAACAAGCGUACAGAAGCUGAGAACGACUUUGUCCUCAUCAAGAAGGAUGUUGACGAAGCCUACAUGAAUAAGGUUGAGCUGGAGGCUAAGCUGGAGAGCCUUACAGAUGAGAUCAACUUCCUCAGGCAGAUCUAUGAGGAGGAAAUCCGUGAGCUGCAGUCCCAGAUCAAGGACACCUCAGUGGUGGUGGAGAUGGACAACAGCAGAAAGCUGGACAUGGACGCCAUCGUGGCUGAGGUCCGCGCUCAGUAUGAGGACAUCGCCAACCGCAGCCGUGCCGAGGCCGAGACGUGGUACAAGUCAAAGUUUGAGGAGAUGCAGACAUCUGCCAACCAGUAUGGAGAUGACCUCAGAGCAACCAAGACAGAGAUUUCUGACCUCAACCGCAUGAUCCAGAGACUGCAGUCUGAAAUCGAUUCUGUGAAGGGACAGCGUGCCAACCUGGAGAACCAGAUCGCUGAGGCUGAGGAACGUGGGGAGAUGGCAGUGAGGGACGCCAAGGCUCGUAUCAAGGAUCUGGAGGAGGCCCUGCAGAGAGCCAAGCAGGACAUGGCACGCCAGAUCAGAGAGUACCAGGAUCUGAUGAACGUCAAACUGGCCCUGGACAUUGAGAUCGCCACCUACAGGAAGCUCCUGGAAGGAGAGGAGGACAGACUGGCAACUGGAAUCAAGGCCAUCAACAUCUCCAAACAGAGCACAAGCUAUAGCUCCUUCCCAAUGGAGAGUGCUGGCAGCGCCUACAGCAGCUACUCUAGCGGUUACUCAAGCGGUUACUCUGGCGGCUAUGGCGGCGGCUACGGCGGCGGCUAUGGUGGCUACAGCUCUGGCAGCGGCUAUGGCGACAGCAGCAUCACCCAGAGCAAGAAGAGCGUGGUCAUCAAGAUGAUCGAGACCAAGGACGGCAAAGUGGUGUCCGAGUCCUCCGAGGUCGUCCAGGAUUGAGCCCAGAGCGUGUUCUCCACUUCUGUCUUGUAACCUUCUUGUGUUCUUAUCCAUUUCUCAUCCUGCCUCUAAACCAGUGGUCCAAAGUAAACAGUCCCAGCGGAAGCGGUCAUAAAGUAGGCUGUAAAGCGAUAAAUGCCUUCACUCUGACCAAAGGAUUUGCAAGAGACCAAACAUUAUCUUCUCACACCGUGCCUUAUGCUCAUGUCCACGUUCUGCACUAAAAACAAACGCUCUCAGUCUGCUCCACACAAGUUGUACUGUCUUGCACAACAUGCCUUCGGGGCCGCAUCUAUAAGCUGGAGAAUGCUAGAUCUGCCACCAACAUUGGCUACUCUUUAAGUCCCUCAAUGCACUGUGACAGGUUUUUACAAUUGUUUAUGAAGGGUUAUGUGCACAUUUGUGUUAAAGGGCAUCACUGUUUGUGGCAGAUCCAUGUUGUGUGCCUGCUCUGUAGAGAAUGUCUUCCCAUUGUACUCUGUCAGAUGCAAAAGGAAAUGUCCAACAGUGUACCAAUGAGGUGCUGUUUUUUUGCUACAAAAAAUAAAGUGUUUACUUAAA